AUGGUGCAGCGAGCCAUGCGGGGAAGGGGCUCGGAGGGGCGGCGGGAGCCCUGCGCUCCUCUGCCCGCCCACGACGCGGAACCCGCCUGGUGCAAAACGCCCAGCGGUCACAUCAAGCGGCCCAUGAACGCCUUCAUGGUGUGGUCGCAGCACGAGCGCCGCAAGAUCAUGGACCAGUGGCCCGACAUGCACAACGCCGAGAUCUCCAAGCGCCUGGGUCGGCGCUGGCAGCUCCUGCACGACUCCGAGAAGAUCCCCUUUGUGAAGGAGGCCGAGCGCCUGCGCCUCAAGCACAUGGCCGAUUACCCCGACUACAAAUACCGCCCUCGGAAAAAGGGCAAAGUGGGCACCGCCACCGCCCGCCCGCGCCUCCCGGUGAAGAUCAAACCCUCGGUGCUGGGCCGCGUCCCCGCCGCCCGCAGGCAGCCCUCCAAGCCGCCCCCCGAGCCGGGCAUCGCGCAGCGCCCGCCGGAGCCGCCCGUCGAGGACCGCCCCGGUACGGCCACGUGGAACGCGGUGCCCACCGGCGAGCGCAGCCCCGCGGCCGCCACCAGCCCCGAGCCGCGCCCGGAGAGCGCGUCCCCGUCUCCCGCACCCGCCGGUUCGCCUCCGUCCUCCUUGGGUUCCUCGGACGAGGAACUGGAGGAGGAGCUGCUGGGCGUGCUGCCCGCGCGGGCACCGGGUGGCACAGCGUGCGGGGCUCUGGACUGGUCCGUCCUGGACAAGGACCUCGAUCUGUUCCCGCGGGGCGCGUCCUCGCACUUCGAAUUCCCGGACUAUUGCACGCCCGAGGUGACGGAGAUGAUCGCGGGGGACUGGCUCAUGUCCAGCAUCUCGGACUUGGUCUUUACCUACUGAGUGCCGCUCUCUGCAGGUAACUCCUCUUCUUUUCCCACAAUCAGGUCGUCUCAAAAAAACAAACAAACAAACGAACAAACAAAAAAACAAAACCGAAACCAGCUGUUUACAUGCAGGAAUCAGGUAUUUAGCCUUGAAGCCGCUGGAAGGCAGAGCUCCCUGCUCCCCCCAUCCCCCCGGCACACACCCACUCCUCCUCCAUCCAUCCAUGGCGGUGCAGGGCUCAGCCCUCCUCGCUGCACGGCACGCUGCCGUUCUUCGCCCAUGAAAGGCGGCUGCCUGGCAGGGUCCCAUUGUCACCACCCCCUGCCGGACCCCUUCCCCCUGUAGCUCUGUCCCUGCCUCGCGCUGCCCCGUUUUCUCCUCCUUAGCUCUCCCACUCGCCCAUCCCUUGGAGAACAGCCAAUUUCCUUUAUUAUCCUUAUUGUUGUUAUUAUUAUUAUGGCUUUUUUGGAUAGCAUAGAAAGCACGUCUUCGAUUCUCUCCUGUUCCUCAUAGCAGCCCUUCGGGAGCGCUACCUUUGGCCGCGCCGUGCCCGAGGCUCUCCGUGGUGGCACAACCCAUCUCAGUCCCUCCCUACCUGCUGCCCUGUGCUGUG